AUGGGGAGAGCCCCGGGAGAGCCCCUGGGGGCGGCAAGGAGCCCUGCGUGUGUGGGGAGUGUGGGGGUGCCUCCGCGCGGGGCGCCGCUGGCGCAGCACCACGGCGUACAUGCCCGGGACAAGCCGUUUGCAUGCGCUGAAUGCGGGAGGCGGUUCGGCUGGAACGCCACGCUUGCUUUGCACCGGCGCGUCCACACCCGCGAGUGGCCCUUCAUCUGCGCCAAGUGCGGCCGCUCCUUCGUGCAAAACAUUCAGCUGGUCGAGCACCACCGCACGCACACCGGCGAGCGGCCCUUCAAGUGCUACGACUGCGGCAAGGCCUUGGAGCAGAGCACGACGCUGGUGGAGCAACAGAAGACACACCCCGGGAAGAGGGCAUUCGCGUGCGGCCAUUGCGGGAAGCGCUUCACCAAGUCGUCCGCGCUGAUCCUGAACGAGAGGAUCCACACGGGUGAGAGGCCCUUCGAGUGCCACGAGUGUGGCAAGACCUUCAGCCAGAAGGUGCACCUCUCCAUCCAUCUGUGGAUCCACACGGGUGAGAAGCCAUACCACUGCAGCGCGUGUGGGAGAACCUUCCGGAAGGUGUCCUUUUUGCUCCAGCAUCAGGCCAUUUACAGUGAGGAGAGGCCCUUCCAGUGUGGUGUGUGCGGCAAGGCCUUCGUGCGCAAGUCGACGCUUGUCUCGCACAGCCGAAUCCACAGGGGCGAGAAGCCCUACCAGUGCGUGCAGUGCAGGAAGGCCUUCCGGCAUCAGCCCUGGCUGACGGCGCACCGGAGGAUCCACACUGGGGAGAAGCCCUACAAGUGCAAGGCGUGUGGCAAGGCCUUCAGGUGGAUGGGGAAUCUCACCUGCCACCAGAAGACCCACGUGGCUGAGGACAGUGCAGGGAGACUGCCUUCCCCCCACCGAUAUAACCGCCCAGAUAACUGCCAACGGAUCCGUGGAUAA